CAUCCACAGUCAACAAGCAAGCAUAAUCAGUCAAUCUUCAACUUCGAUAGCUAUGGCCUACAAGCUUAUCCUCGCCGCCUUUGCGGCUACAGCUCUUGCUGCUCCUGUUGAAGAGCGCCAGUCUUGUAGCAACGGAGUUUGGGCUCAGUGUGGUGGCCAGAACUGGAGCGGCACUCCUUGCUGCACCAGCGGAAACAAGUGUGUCAAGCUCAACGACUUCUACUCUCAGUGCCAGCCCGGUACUGCUGAGCCUUCUUCGACUGCUGCUGGACCCAGCUCCACCACUGCCACCAAGACUACCGCCACUGGUGGAAGCUCUACUACUGCUGGAGGCUCUGUCACUUCUGCCCCUCCUGCGGCCAGUGGCAACCCUUACUCUGGUGUUGAUCUCUGGGCCAACAACUACUACCGCUCUGAGGUCAUGAACUUGGCUGUUCCCAAGCUGAGCGGUGCCAAAGCUACUGCUGCUGCCAAGGUUGCUGAUGUGCCCUCCUUCCAGUGGAUGGACACCUACGACCACAUUUCUCUUAUGGAGGAUACCCUUGCUGAUAUCCGCAAGGCUAACAAGGCUGGUGGCAACUAUGCCGGUCAGUUCGUUGUCUACGAUCUUCCCAACCGUGACUGCGCUGCUGCUGCUUCCAACGGAGAGUACUCCCUCGACAAUGACGGUGCCAACAAGUACAAGGCCUACAUCGCCAAGAUCAAGGGCAUCCUCCAGGACUACUCUGACACCAAGGUCAUCCUUGUAAUUGAGCCUGAUUCCCUUGCUAACCUGGUCACCAACCUGAACGUCGACAAGUGCGCCAAGGCCGAGAGUGCUUACAAGGAGCUCACUGUCUACGCCAUCAAGGAACUCAACCUCCCCAACGUCUCCAUGUACCUUGAUGCCGGUCACGGUGGCUGGCUCGGCUGGCCUGCCAACAUCGGCCCUGCUGCUAAGCUCUACGCCCAGAUCUACAAGGACGCUGGCAAGCCUUCUCGCGUUCGCGGUCUCGUCACCAACGUCUCCAACUACAACGGCUGGAAGCUCUCCACGAAGCCCGACUACACCGAGAGCAAUCCCAACUACGAUGAGCAGCGAUACAUCAACGCCUUCGCUCCUCUUCUCGCCCAGGAGGGUUGGUCCAACGUCAAGUUCAUCGUCGACCAGGGCCGAUCUGGCAAGCAGCCUACUGGCCAGAAGGCUCAGGGCGACUGGUGCAACGCCAAGGGUACUGGUUUCGGACUUCGACCUUCCACCAACACUGGUGAUGCUCUCGCCGAUGCUUUCGUCUGGGUCAAGCCUGGUGGUGAGUCUGAUGGUACCUCUGAUACAUCUGCUGCUCGCUACGACUACCACUGUGGUCUCGAUGAUGCUCUCAAGCCCGCUCCUGAGGCUGGAACCUGGUUUCAGGCUUACUUCGAGCAGCUCCUCGACAACGCCAACCCCUCGUUCAUGUAAAUUAUACAAGAAUGACUGAUCUUAACAAUGUGAAAAGUUGGAAGUUGGAUCAGAUUAAUUGUCAAGAACCUAGAAUGUUUUAUCUGGAUUGUAGCUAGUUACGAGCACAUAUGAAUUGACAUUUGAACAUUGGAGC